UCUCUCUCUCUCAUAUUAUAACCUAGAAAUUUCAGUAACAUUCACCCUUUCUAGGCCAAGCAAUCCAUCCACCAGCCUCCUCUGAAAAAAGAAACAUGUAAUCGUCCAGUCCCGGUUUCCCUCAUACAUCGCGGCAACAGUCAUCUACAACUGGGAGCAUCUCUUCUAAAGAAAGCAACAUACUUGCCAAGUGCUCCAAAUCCUUCCUCACCUUCCUCAUCUGACAAAAGAUCAUCAUCCGCGGCAGCAGUAGCAGCAGUGGAAAGUGGAGCUAGCAAUUGAGAGCAAGGAAACCAAGAAGAAGGAGGAUAUAGUUGUUUGUCUGGACGCCAUGGACUUGGUACCAACCCCGGAGAGCCCCCACUCCGACCACAGCGGCGGUGCCAACGCGAGCCCCCAUGCCUCCUCCUCAUCGGCCGCCACCGGCGCUACCUCCUCCUCGCCAUCGCCGAGCCGGUACGAGUCCCAGAAGCGGCGAGACUGGAACACCUUCGGGCAGUACCUCAAGAACCACCGCCCGCCGCUGACGCUCUCGCGGUGCAGCGGCGCCCACGUGCUCGAGUUCCUCCGCUAUCUCGACCAGUUUGGCAAGACUAAAGUCCACACUCAGAUGUGCCCCUUCUUCGGCCACCCCAACCCGCCGGCGCCUUGUUCCUGCCCGCUCCGCCAGGCCUGGGGCAGCCUCGACGCCCUUAUCGGCCGCCUCCGUGCCGCCUACGAGGAGAACGGCGGCCGGCCCGAGUCCAACCCCUUCGGCGCCCGCGCCGUCCGCCUCUACCUCCGCGAGGUCCGCGAGCUCCAGGCCAAGGCUCGCGGCAUCAGCUACGAGAAGAAGAAGCGCAAGAAGCCCGCCCAGGAGCAGCAGCACCAGCCCCCGCCUCCUCCGCCCGCUUCCUGAAUACAUAAUCCCUUGUCAUUGGAUGAUGAUCAUGCUCCUUCCAAGAACCACCACCGCCUUCGCCAACACCUGAGAUGGGAACUCUCAAUCUCUCUCUCUCUUUCAUCUAUGCAUGCAUUAGAUCCUUCUCUCUUUGAUUCGGUAGGUGAGACCGAAGCAUAAUUUAUAUGGUGUGAGCUUCUCUUUUAGGAUGCUAUUAGUUUAUGUUGUUCUUUUCCUGUGUGCUGAUUGAACCUCUCUGGACAACUUUCCUUCAGCUGCUUCUUUCUCUCUCUCUAGAUAUAUUAUAUAUUUAGUCUUUUGCUAUUAUGUUGCUGCCGGAUGUUGCUGUGGCUUUAUACUCUUGUUGUGACAGGAACUGGGAGUCGGUGAGCAGUAUGAGCCAUAUUUAGUGUUCCUAAUAUUAGUAUGGUAGUAAAGGAAAAGAAUGUGGGUACUGUACGUCGAACUGAGAGUUCAUUUCCAAGAGACUGUGUACUUGAGAUCUCUUUGUUUUGCAUC